AACAGUUACUGAGACUGACGCAAGCUAGCGGAGGCAGGAGGACUGGCACGGAGCAGAACAAGCCUCUCUGCAGACAAUUGGGACAGGAAGCAAGGAAGGAAGGGUCUUUCACCCAGAGGAAGACUGGCAAACUCAUUGGGAUUGUGACAAGACAGCCACACAGUAGCUCCAGAGACCACCCAUUGUCCACCAAAGAUCAGAAGAUGAACAACACCCUGUCAAACACUUCCAUCAAGUGUGUUCGGGACACCAGUGUGACAGCUGUGGUUUUCCCCUGUCUAUACAGCCUCCUCUUCAUAGUUGCCCUGAUAAUGAAUUCCCUGGCUGCAUGGAUCUUCUUCAGCAUCCCCAGCACCUCAACAUUUGUGGUUUUUCUAAAAAAUGUGGUGGUGGCAGACUUGCUGAUGACCCUGACCAUCCCUCUGAGAGUUUUAAGUGACGCAGGUGUGGGUUCCUGGCAACUACGUGCCUUUCACUGCCGAUACUCUGCGGUUCUCUUCUACAUCACCAUGUACAUCAGCAUCCUCUUGCUAGGCCUCAUCAGCCUGGAUCGCUACCUAAAGAUAGUCAGGCCGUUUGGGAAGUGUCCCCUGCAGCGGGUUCGUGUUGGUCAGGUGCUGAGUGCUGCUGUCUGGGUGGUAAUGUUAUCUUUAGCAUUACCCAACGUUAUUCUAAGUGACCAGCCACCACGGGUCUAUGGAGGCAAACUGAAGUGCUCCUCCAUGAAGAGCAAAGCCGGCCUGCUCUGGCAUGAAGGAUUCAACUACUUCUGUCAGGUGGUUUUCUGGGGCACACUGGCCUUGAUGGUGGUUUGCUACACAUUCAUCAGUAAGAAGGUUUAUGAGUCAUACAAAGCCUCAAAGAGCGGCUCUAAAGCAGCCAGUCGCAGAACCAAGGCAAAAGUGUUUGUAGUGGUGGGGGUGUUUUUCAUCUGCUUUGCCCCCUUUCACUUUGCUCGCGUUCCCUACACCCUAACCCAAACACGUAGCAUGAUGAGUCACUGCCAGGCACAGAACGCACUCUACAUUGCCAAGGAAACCACCCUGUGGCUGUCAGCCACUAAUGUGUGUCUGGACCCGCUUAUCUAUGUGUUUCUGUGUAAGGUGUUCAGGAAAAGACUUACAGCCACACUCUGCCGUAAGCAUUUCCACAAGGGUGCCAUGGAGUCUCCCACAGCAACAUCAACUCAGCUGGAGAUGACACAGAUCACCCAAAGUAACAGACUAGUCAUAUAAUGAGAUGCCACAGUAACACACAGGACAAUGUACACUGGCACACAUGAAUAACUUUAACUGUCAAGGUGGGAUGAGACAUGGCCUAAAAGAACGUGUUGUUUUACUUUUAAAUACCAUUUUAUCUUGAUGACUCUGUAAAAUGAAUGUAAUGCAAAAUAUUUUAAUGGACAAUGUUCUGAAACAGAAAAAGUGUCUGGAGGUGGCCAUGAAGUUUCAUGUCAAGAAUGACUACUGUUUUUUAACAUUUUUAACCGCCCUGUGUCUGCUAAGUCAUCCAACACAUUUCCUUAAUUGUGCUUACUGUCAUUUUCUACUUCCUUCUUUCUAAUCUCGUUCACACUGCACUUUCCCUUCACAAAACUUUGGCUAAACAUCUUGACAGCACAUAUUCUCCAAUUAUUACACCACGUACACACACACACACACACACACACAUAUGUACACA